UCAAGAAUGUCGGAACACGCAGUGAUAAUAAAAGCAAAUCCCGUCAGAAAAGUCUUUAAGGCGACGAAAAUUACAAAAAUUCCAGAGAGCAUAUUAAAGGAUGCAAAGCUGCAGGCAGCAACAUCAUCGUUUCCAAAAAACUACAAUUUUGAAUUACCCAAGACAAUAUGGAAAAUAAGGGAAAUGAAUGCCAAAAUGAUAGCUCUCCAGAUGCCUGAGGGUCUUCUAAUGUUUUCUACAACUUUGGCUGAUAUUAUUAAGGAGUUUACGGGGGCAGAUUCAAUUAUUAUGGGGGACGUAACAUAUGGUGCUUGCUGUAUCGAUGAUAUUACCGCAAAAGCUUUGGGUGUUGAACUCUUGAUACAUUAUGGACACAGCUGUCUGGUUCCUGUAGACCAAAUGAGUGGCCUCAAAGUGCUUUAUAUUUUUGUCGAUAUUAAAAUAGACCCAGUACAUUUUAUAGAUACCAUUAAAUGCAACUUUGACAAAGCUAGCAAAAUUGGGUUGGUGAGUACCAUACAAUUUGUAACCACUCUUCAAACCGUUGCCAAGUUAUUGCAAGAAUAUGGUUACGAUGUUUCUAUUCCCCAGUUCAAACCUCUGUCUCCUGGAGAGAUUCUAGGUUGUACAGCGCCCACUUUAAAGUGUUGUGAUAAUGUUAUUUACCUUGGAGACGGACGGUUUCAUUUAGAAGCUGUUAUGAUAGCGAAUCCUAAAGUGAAAGCUUUCAAAUAUGAUCCUUACAGUAAAAAAUUUACAAUUGAAGAAUAUGAUCAUAUUUUAAUGAAGAGUAAUAGGAAUGUGACUAUAGAACGCGCUAGGUUUGCCAAUAAAUUUGGUGUAAUCAUGGGAACAUUAGGGCGCCAAGGAAGCCCAAAAGUUGUUGAGCACUUACGAAAACGCCUCCGGGAUUCCGGGAAAGCAGCAGUAGUUAUUAUGCUCUCAGAAAUUUUCCCUAAAAAGAUUGAUUUGUUUUGUCAAUUGGAGGCGUUUGUUCAAAUUGCGUGCCCGAGAUUGUCUAUAGAUUGGGGCAGUGCAUUUUCCAAACCCUUCCUCACACCUUAUGAGCUUGCCGUGGUUAUAGGCGACGCUCGGUGGAAAGAUGCGUCAAGUUAUCCUAUGGACUUUUAUGCUAACGCUAGUCUGGGUCCCUGGACUCCUAAUCACAAACCUGACGAAAAUAGUGUAAAUACAUGCUGUGGAAAAUGCUCUUAGAUUUAUAAUAAAUUAUAAUUCUUGUUUUUG